ACAACUUCAACGGUCCUCCAAUUCCUCAAUGUGUGAGUAACUUCCAAACAUGUUCUAUAUUAGUGCCUCGCUUCUUCGGACGCUUGACGUUGGCUACAACCGACUAACCGUAAAUCUUCCAAGGUCGCUUCAACGCUGCUCCUCUUUAAUCUCUCCAAAUGUUGACAACAACAACAACAACAACAUCACUACACCAACAGCUACUCUCAACCAUUUGAUCAACGUUCACUUGCGGCGGCACGACGAUGACGGUUUGGUGGAAGCACGCAGGCUAUUUAAUCAGAACCGGACAUCGACGACAUCGCUAGACAUCUCAACAUGGAACGCGAUGAUCUCAGCCUACGUUCAGCGCGGCUUGAUGACGGGAGCUCGCCAGGUGUUCGAUCAAAUGCCUGUGAGAGACUUGGCGUCGUGGAACACCAUGCUCAUUGGUCUGAAGAAAGCCAGAGAUGAUCCAGAGAGUGUUAUCAGGCUUUUCAUAGAUAUGCGGAGAUCAUCGUUGAAUCCAGACGAGCUUACUCUCCCCGCAGUGAUCGAUGCUGCAGUAUCAGUAUCAGUAUCAGGAUCUGCGUUUUUCUUUAGGGUUCUUGUUCUGCAGAUUCACGCGCUUGCUAUUCGGUUAGGGCUUAGCUCAAGCUCUGCUUUGUUGAGAGGCUACACGAGUUUAAGGGAUGUGAGAGGUUUAGAGAGAGUCUUUGAGGAGAUCUCGGUCAAGGAUGUGGUGUCUUGGAAUGUGUUGAUUACGGGUUACAUGAAGUUAGGUUUCGUGGAGGAUGGUGAGAGAGCGUUUUGUGAAAUGCGGGAGAGGAACAUGGUGACUUGGCACACGAUGUUGAUUGGGUACAUAAACAACGAGGAGAUGGGUAAAGCUAGGGACUUUUUUAGUAAGAUGAGUCAAAGGAAUGUUUUUUCUUGGACUGUGAUGAUCAACGGCUACGUGAAGUGUAUGGAGUUUAAAGUAGCCUUUUUGCUUUUCCGUGAAAUGGUUGAGUUUUGGAGUAACAGGCCGAGUCACUACACGUUUUCCAGUGUUUUGAAAGCGUGUGCUGCUUCGUCGUCGCUUCUUAUGGGGAGACAAGUGCACUCGAUGAUCGCAAAACGUGGGAUGGAUUGUGAUGUAGUCUUGUCGACUUCUCUCGUAGAUAUGUAUGCCAAGUCAGGUGAUAUCACCGCUGCUUUAGGCGUGUUUAGAGCAAUGCCAGUGAAGAAUCCAGCUUCAUGGAACUCAAUGAUUGGAGGGUUCGCGAGACAUGGACUAGGGGUGGAAGCUUUGGAAGAAUUCGAGAGGAUGGUCCAGUGCGGGUACAAGCCUGAUCAGGUGACUUUCAUUAACUUGUUGUCGGCUUGUGCUCACGCGGGGCUAGUGGAAGAAGGGGAGAAGCAGUUCAUGUUGAUGGGUAGGUUUGGGAUAAGUGCAGAGAAGGAGCAUUACGCAUGUAUGGUGGAUCUGCUAGCAAGGGCUGGACAAUUGGAUAAAGCAGAGAGGUUGAUAAAGGGUAUGCCUUUUGAGCCUGAUUUUGUUAUUUGGGGGGCUUUGCUCGGGGCUUGCGGAUUGCAUUCAUGUUUGGAGCUAGGUGAAGUCGCUGCUAAAGGAAUCUCGAGGUUGAGAAGAGAGCAUCCCGCAGCUUAUGAUGUUCUGUGUAGAGUUCAUGGCGAGAAAGGAGAUUGGACUAGUGUUAUUGAGUUGAGGAGAUUGAUGAGGAAGACUAAAGCCAAGAAACAAGACGCUAGUAGCUGGAUUGAAUAGAGCUGAUGUGAGUGAAACAGAGCUUUUUGGUCUUCCUACUCCUUUGAAGGUAAUGCAGGACUUUGUGGUCUUCCUCUUGAAGAAAGUUGCUUCGACACAACAGAAAACCAUAAGCAAGAAGAAGAAGAAGAAGUGUUGAACUUGAAAGCAGUGGCGAUAGGGUGUGGACCAGGAGUGUUACUUGGAUGGGCAACAGCACACAAGUCGUAUCAUUGGUUCGUCCGUUGAUCGACUAUUAUAUUAGGAGGACUGUGUCAUGUAUUGAUACAUCUGUUAACAGAUAUUACAAGAGUCCACGAUGCCCUGCAGAGGAAGAAGCUCAUAUUCUGCAUAUGUGAAACCACAGUAGAUGGUCCAAUGAUUGAGGAAUAUGCUUGAGUUCAUCUUGCAAAUGGUAAUGAAUAUUGUAACUGCCCUGGCCUUCUGGGGGUGUUCCAUUUCCGUCGGUUUCUUAAUUGCUCAUCACUACUUUUUGCUUCUGCUCCAGCGCACCAUUGUGAUGAAGCUUCUGUACUAUGAUGAUGUUACAGUAUGUAUUGUAUAGGCUUAUAGCCAUCUAAAUUCUAUGAAUCCUGGUGAUAAACAAUGCAGCUUGAAUAGAGCUUCUUAACUCUGACUUCCAGACAAACAUUGUGAUAAUAAGCAUUUGAACUCA